AGUUUGCCUUUGGGUCCUGGUUUGCACAGUACCUGGGUGCAGCCCGCAGCCCUGGGGGGCAGCUCUGUCACCUGAACCAUGAGGAUCUGGUGGCUCCUGCUUGCCACUGGAAUCUGCGUAGGGAAUGUGAACUCACAGGACACAUGCCGGCAAGGGCACCCUGGUGUCCCUGGGAAUCCCGGUCACAAUGGUUUGCCUGGAAGAGAUGGACGAGAUGGAGCAAAGGGUGACAAAGGGGAUGCAGGAGAACCAGGACAUCCUGGUGGUCCAGGGAAGGAUGGAAUGAAUGGAGAAAAAGGAGAACAAGGAGCAGAUGGAAAAGUUGAAGCAAAAGGCAUCAAAGGAGAUCCAGGCUCCAGAGGACCCCCAGGGAAACAUGGGCCCAAGGGCCUUGUUGGCGCCAUGGGGCAGAAAGGCCUCAGAGGAGAGACUGGUCCUCAAGGGCAAAAGGGGGAGAAAGGUGAUGUGGGUCCCAUUGGUCCAGAAGGGCUAAAGGGCAACAGUGGACCGUCGGGCCCAACUGGUUUACCUGGCCCCAUAGGCCCCAGUGGAAAGCCUGGUCCCAAGGGAGAUGCUGGGCCCCUAGGACCUCAGGGUGAGCCAGGAGUCCGGGGAUUGAGAGGCUGGAAAGGGGAUCGAGGAGAAAAAGGGAAAACCGGUGAGAUUCCAGUCCUGCCAAAAAGUGCUUUCACUGUGGGGCUCACUGUGCUGAGCAAGUUUCCCUCUUCAGAUGUACCCAUUAAAUUUGACAGGAUCUUGUAUAAUGAAUUCAACCAUUAUGACAUAGCUACGGGAAAAUUCAUUUGCCACAUUGCCGGGGUCUAUUACUUCACCUACCAUAUCACUGUUUUCUCCAGAAAUGUACAGGUAUCUUUAGUCAAAAAUGGGGUAAAAAUGCUGCACACCAAGGAUGGUUACAUCAGCUCUGAGGACCAGGCCUCCAGCGGCAUUGUACUGCAGCUGAAGCUUGGGGACGAGGUGUGGAUGCAGGUGACGGGAGGCGAGAGGUUUAAUGGCUUGUUUGCAGAUGAGGAUGAUGACACAACUUUCACGGGCUUCCUUUUGUUCAGCAGCUAAUGGUGGAGACAUGUUUAUAAACCUGCUUUGCCAUCCAUCUGAAUUAGCACGGU